AUUACUCCGUUUCAUGCCUCUUUGGUGCUGUUCAUUGGCAAAGCCUCAGGUGCAGUUACUGAUCCUGUUGCUGGCUUUUUUAUUAGCAAAAGUAGAUGGACAAGAAUUGGCCGGCUCAUGCCUUGGAUGUUGGCAUGUACACCGUUCACAGUAGCGUCCUAUUUUUUUAUGUGGUACCUGCCUCCUUUUGUAUGGGGAAGAGUUGGAUGGUACCUGACUUUCUACAGCCUUUUCCAAGCACUGGCCACAUUAUUCCAAGUACCAUAUUCUGCCCUCACCAUGUUUCUCAGCACAGACCAGAAGGAGAGAGAUUCUGCAACGGCAUACCGAAUGACCAUGGAAGUGCUUGGGACCUUGAUUGGAGCUGCGCUUCAGGGGCAGAUUGUGGCCAGUGCUCAUGUCUCUCAUCACUGCACUGUGGAUCCCCCAGCAAACACGACCGACUCCUGGCAUGACACUCUCAGCUUUCCAGACCCCUCAGAUCCCCUCUCUCAUCAAGCAAAAGUUUAUAUGAUUGCAGCAGGGGUCAUAGGAGGUGUGUAUCUUCUUGGAAUUGUCAUUCUUUUUCUUGGAGUAAAGGAAAAAGAUGAUCCUUAUGCCUUAAAUUCAGAGAGAGCAAUUCCUUUUUGUAAGGGGCUUAGACUCACCAUGAAGCAUGGUCCAUAUGGGAAGCUUGCAGCUUCAUUUCUUCUCAUCUCGACAGCAGUUCAGCUGGAGCAGAGCAACUUUGUCCUAUUCUGCACUCAUGCUGCUAAUCUUCGCAAUCACUUCCAGUAUUUGGUGGUGACCAUCUUGGUAUCAGCAGCUGUGAGCAUUCCCUUCUGGCAGAAGUUUCUGCAGCGAUUUGGCAAGAAGUGUGCAGCAUGUGGGAUUUCGUGGAUGAUUCCUUUUGCGUUCAUGCUAGUGACCAUUCCAAACCUGAUCCUGGCUUACUUCGUGGCCUUCGUCUCUGGUCUGAGCAUUGCAGCAUCUAAUCUGUUGCCAUGGUCAAUGCUGCCUGAUGUUGUUGAUAACUUUCGCCUGCAGAAUCCUCAUGGAAAAGGACAUGAAACCAUUUUCUAUUCUUCUUAUAUUUUCUUCACCAAGAUGUCAGCAUGAAUUGGCUUAGGAAUUUCUGCAGCAGGACUGGAGUUUGCGGGAUACAAGCCAGGGAUAUGCAGACAAUCCAACAAUGUGAUCCUCACACUGAAAAUCCUCAUUGGAGUGGUCCCUGCUAUCCUCAUCAUUGUAGGUUUAUUUAUACUUCUUUUCUACCCAAUUACUGAAGAAAGUCGGCAAGAAACAAAGCUUGCACUUGAAGUGUUAAGGAGGAGCCAUCAAAGCACAGAGAACCUGGAUGACCAUAAAGAGGACAUCUCGGUCUGA